CGGCCCUCUACGCGUCACAGACGACGUCAUCGUCCAACUAGUGACUACUGUUAUCAAGAUGGCGCUUCGGCCAGGAUCUGGAGGAGGCGGCAGUUUUAUAUAUCCCGUAGGAGGGGGCUUGGGACCACCACAAGGCAUAGUACCCAUGCAGCAACAGCAGCAACAACAGCAACAGCAGCAGCAACAGCAGGGUUUCCCUAUGGUUCCGGUCAUGCAGCCCAACAUGCAGGGCAUGAUGGGAAUGAACUUUGGGGGACAAAUGCCCCCUGGAGCCAUGCCUAUGCAGGCUGGGAUGGCAAUUGGAAUGCAGGCUCCUGGGAUGCAGUUUUUGGGUCAACCACAGUUUAUGGGUAUGAGACCUGCUGGACCACAGUACACGGCCGACCUGCAGAAACAAAUGGCUGAGGAGCACCAAAAGCGUCUAGAACAGCAGCAGAAGAUGCUGGAGGAGGACAGGAAAAGAAGACAGUUUGAGGAGCAGAAACAGAAGCUCCGGCUGCUCAGCAGUGUCAAACCCAAGACAGGGGAAAAGAGCCGUGAUGAUGCCUUGGAGGCGAUCAAAGGCAACCUGGAUGGCUUCAGCAGAGACGCCAAGAUGCACCCCACUCCAUCAUCACAGACCAAGAAACCAGAGUCAUCACCAUCACACCUGUCUGUCACCACUCACUCCCUCCCCCCAGCAUUAUCUGAGGACAAUGACGAGUUUAGUGAUUUUCAGGGGCCCAUAGAUGCCCCGUCCUCUUUCCCUCCGUCCUCCUCCUUCAGCCUCUCUUCUCAGGCUCACGUCCAGCCUUCACCCCCUGCCCCCAGGACAGGUUUUCCUGAGCAGGAUGAUGAUUUUAGUGACUUUGUACAGGGCCCUGUAAAGGAGUUCCCUUCCUCCAGCUUCCAGUUUUCCUCUCAAGCCCAAGUCCAACCUUCAUUUCCUUCUACACAAUACUUACUCCCUCAGUCCCACCCUGCAUCUGUGUCCAUUCCCCCUACCAACCAACACUCUGCUGUCAACACCAGCUCCCAAUCUACAUUCCAAGGCCCCUCCCUGGAAGAGAAGCUGUUCUCCUCAUGCGACCUCAGUGCUGAUAGCACAGCCCAAGUUCUCUUUAAAACUAAACAAAGCUUAGCUGAAAUAGGGCCCAGAGCUAAAGUUUCAACACAGUUUCAAACCAGCACUAGAUCACGGAACUGGGCUGUGGCCCCCAAGGACUUGAGUUCUGUCUUCACUACAGAAAAUGUACCUGAAGGUCCUGUGGCAAUGCCCAGCAUCUUUCCGUCAGCCACUGAGUCACCCCCUCAGACCAGUGGCAAAAGUGCAGGUGUUGGCGUGUACCCACAACAAGAGCACAUUCAGCCCAUGCUGCCAGCCUGGGUUUAUAAUGACACCCUUGUCCCAGAAAUGUUCAAAAAGGUUCUUGAAUUCACCAUGACUCCUGCAGGGAUAGACACAGCCAAGCUCUAUCCCAUAUUGAUGUCGUCAGGACUUCCCAGAGAAGCACUGGGGCAAAUUUGGGCAUCUGCCAACCGCACAACACCUGGCAUGCUGACCAAGGAGGAGCUCUAUACUGUACUUGCACUAAUUGGCGUGGCACAGAGUGGCCUCCCAGCACUAAACGUGGAAAUCCUCAGUCAGUUCCCCUCUCCACCUGUGCCCAGCCUGCCUGCUCUGGCUAUGGCCCUGGCCCCAGUCAUGCCCCAGCACCAGCAGCCCAUAAUGACCCAACCUCCAGUCUCCAUGGCCAUGCCCACACCAGUGCCACCAGUCAUGGCUAUGGCACCGGCAGCAUUGGCUCAACCACCACCAAACACUAAUUUCAUUGCCAGCUUCCCUCCUGCACAGGCAACCAAGGUUGAUGAUGACGACUUUCAGGACUUUCAGGAGGCUCCAAAGGUAGGAGCAGGAGAUCAACCCUUCACUGAGUUCCAGGGGGAGUCUGGUGGAAGUUUCCUAAACAAAGUCACACAGCAGCACCAAAACAGCAUGCCUGCGAUGCUGACUCCACUGUCUGGUUCCUCAUCUGCAUCCGCCAUAUCCUCUGAUAAGUACGCUGCCUUCAAGCAGCUGUCUGUGGAUCAGCCUGCAGAGCCUGUACCCCCAGCGUCAGAUAUUGAAGACAAGUACAGUGUUUUCAGACAGCUUCAGAAACCAUCUGACAAGAAACCAGUCGGGGAAGGAUUUGCAGACUUUAGGUCUGUCAACGCUGAUGACGGCUUCACAGACUUUAAAACUGCCGACAGUGUCUCUCCUUUAGAUCCUUCUGAGCAGACCAAGACCUUCCAACCUGCCUUUCCUACUGCUUUUCCAAACUCUCAGUCUCUACCACAGCAGCAGCCAGUCUCACUUCCCCAGCCCAAAAAUCCACUAAACAUGGCCGACCUGGACCUUUUCUCUUCUAUAGCUUCUUCUGUUCCUGUGACCAGUGAGAAAAAACCCAGCACAUUUACCUCAGUGUCUGUGCCACCCUCUCUGGUGCUCCUGUCCGGUGGAGCCAAACCUUCGGGGGGAGGGGCAGAUGACUUUGGUGACUUUGCAUUGUUUGGCUCUUCCUCUGAGUCUGCUCAGGCCUCAACAUCAGGCGGAACUGCAGCAGCGCCUCAGGACGACUUUGCAGACUUCAUGGCAUUUGGUUGUUCUAGUGGAGAACCUAAAACUGAGAGCAGUGUGCUGGUAGAAGGGGAGACCUCCACACAGCAGCGUCCUCAGCAGAGCGCAGACAAAUACAACGCCUUCAAACAGCUGUCUUUGGAAGGGGGCCUCACCUACGAUGACACCAAGGAGAGCGGCGGUGGCUCUUUCUCCUCCCUAAAGAGCGACACAGACGAUUUUGCCGACUUCCAGUCCUCAAAGUUCUGCACAGCACUUGGGGCUUCGGAAAAGGCUCUGGUGGAUAAGGUGGCCGCUUUCAAACAAGCCAAGGAGGACUCCGGCUCAGUCAAGUCUUUGGACCUCCCUUCCAUAGGUGGAAGCAGCGUGGGAAAGGACGACUCGGAGGACGCGCUGUCAGUGCAGCUGGACAUGAAGCUGUCGGACAUGGGUGGAGACCUGAAGCAUGUGAUGUCGGACAGCUCUCUGGAUUUGCCGGGUCUCUCGGCCCACCAGCCUCCUGCUACAGAAGGAGACGAUAUGAAAUUUGACCCCUUUGGGACGUCGGCCCUCAGCACCUUGGCCAGCUAUGACUGGUCAGACCAUGAGGAAUGUCAGCCCGGAGAGGUCAGAAAGCUGCAGGUCUCGGAAGGAGUGUCUCUUCCAUCAUUAUCUCCUCCCCAGAGGAAGGAGCUGCCCUUUGAAAGCACUGAAAACAUUACAAGCGGCUCUGCGGCCGCUUCCAAGCUCCCCACCUCCUUCCCCACAGACAGCAGCUCAUCCACAGAUGACAAGUUUGAAGCCUUUGCUGAUUUUGGUGACAGAGGUGGCGUCGAGGAUGAAGAUGACUUCGGGGACUUUGCCAUUACUGUUUCAGAUAACUCAGACUCUGCCUCUGCCACGGCCGAGGCGGGCUCUAACGGAAGCCACAGUGAGACCUGUGAUGAGUUUGGAGCUUUCCAGUUGGACAAGCCCAAGUUUGGCAAGUCGGACUUCCUCAAAGCCAGUACUCAGGCCAACGUCAAGUCCAGUGAGGAGAUGAUCAAGAAUGAACUAGCCACGUUUGAUUUGUCUGUUCAAGGGUCCCACAAACGUAGCCACAGUUUAGGUGAGAAGGAGAUUGGGCGUUCGCCUCCAUCUCCUGCUCCAGAGCAACCCUUCAGAGACCGAUCGAAUACCCUGAGCGAGAAGCCCACCCUGCCCGUCAUCAGGGACAAGUACAAGGACCUGACUGGAGAGGUGGAGGAGAGCGAGCGCUAUGCGUAUGAGUGGCAGAGGUGUCUGGAAAGUGCUCUGGAGGUGAUCACAAAAGCUAACAACACGCUGAACGGCAUCAGCAGCUCCUCUGUCUGCACCGAGGUCAUCCAGUCUGCUCAGGGCAUGGAGUACCUGCUGGGCGUGGUGGAGGUGUAUCGCGUCACCAGGCGAGUGGAGCUGGGCAUCAAGGCGACGGCGGUGUGCUCGGAGAAGCUGCAGCAGCUGCUAAAGGACCUGAGCCGCGUGUGGAACAACCUCACGAGCUUCAUGUCGCUGGCCAAGCUCGCUCCUGACGACAGCUCUCUGGAUUUCUCCUCUUGCAUUCUGAGGCAUGGCAUUAAGAAUGCCAAAGAGUUGGCCUGUGGGCUAUGUCUGCUCAACGUUGAUGCUCGCAGCAAGACCAAAGAAGAAAGCACUUUUGGACGUCUGUUCAAACGAGCAUUGACUAAAGACAAUGACACGAGGUUAAGGGCGUUCAACUCGGAGACAGACAACUUCAAGCUGCUGUACGGAGGUCACCAGUAUCACGCCAGCUGUGCCAAUUUCUGGAUUAACUGUGUGGAGCCCAAACCCCCCGGCCUCAUCCUGCCUGACCUGCUGUGAGCUUUUAGCUGCAGCUGCCAUGGUAACAAGGCACGAGCUAAUCAAAUCAUCAGAUAGGUGUCACCGCCGGUUGCAGCACAGGUUCUGAGCUUCGACUGAAAGUGAAAUGAGUCGUCACUGGAUCCUUCUAUGUUUAUUUGUAUGCAUUUUUUUUUUAUUUAUUCGACAACCUCUCUUUGUUACCUUGAACCCGUCUUCAUCUACUAGUAUGCUGUAUUUAUUGUUAGCCUCGAGUUGUUUCAGUCAAACUGGGUCAUGUAUGGUUCACAUUUAAAUCAACUCCUAAUUAUGAUUUUAAAUUAUUUUCACAACGCGUGUUUAAAUGACAGAGUGUGCAGCGUCAUUAAACCUGGCAGAGGAAGUCUAAACAUCUGGAGUUUUUAGUGUCAGUUGUUGCUUUACAUCUGUUUGAGAUUGAUUGUGUCCAUGACUCCCUUUGUCACCACCUAUUGAAUCAUAAUUCUCUUACUGUACUCAGAUACUUUUCGAGCGGCCCUGUUUAGUGAAAUCAGUGGUUGUUAUGGUUUUAAAAUCAAUUUUUAACUCUGGUCAUCUGGUAGGUGUCUACCUUUUUAUGAGUUGCGUUGAAUGAACUACUUUGAAUGUCCUUUGCUUUGUUGGAAGGAAACUUUAACACGUCUUAAGGUCUUUAAAAUGUAUCUUAUUUUAUGGGAGUCAAGCUGUGAUUUGGGGACUUGAAGGGAAUCCCUAUCAGCUGCUUUUCUGUGUUCGUGCAGCCAGAGCUGAUGGGAAGGAAUAAGUUAGACUCUGAAUUAAAAUUGCAGCAGCACUUUUUGUAAAUGAGUUCAUGUUCUAGCGUAAAUAUGAGUAACUGUAAUGUGACUAUGAUGUAAAUAAAUCAGUGUGCAUAUGUU